GUGUCCUACUCCAUUCAGGUCCACCUCCGUGACCCCUCACCCCUCACACAAAAAACCACCAUCCACACUCCAACAUACAUACAACAUUGCGACGUCAGAGGGGAACGACGACCACCGCAUCCGGAUGUCCAUCACGUUCGACUGGGCCAAAAUCAAACCCGCACAUGCGGACUUGCUCAAGGACCUGCUGAACGCCAAGUUGCGCGAGGCCGCGUCCUCCAAGGUGCUGCCCGACCUGCUUGGUCCGAUUGUUGUCACGGAAGUUGCGCUGGGCAGCACGCCACCGCGCGUCGAUAUCGAGGCCCUGUCCGAUCCGCUCGCCUUGUUCUCCGAUCCCGCGCUGGCCGUUCAGUUUGCGACGGUCGUCGGCGGCAAACGCAAGGCCGAGCCAGCAAAGUCGAGUUCUGACGUGGCGUCCAGUGACUCGUCUUCCGCCACGGGAGACACGCAGCUGCAGCCGCCGCGCUUGGCACCGCCCGCGGGAAAGCGGCCAUCGCCGUUCGCCAAUCUGGGCGCCAAGGCGGACGCAUCAUCGCCACCGUCACAGCCGACAUUGCCAGCCCCACCGCCGUCCAUCACGGUUGCAGAUCCAGACGCCGUGCAGCUGCAGUUUGCGCUCGCGUACACUGGCGAUGUGACGAUUACCGUGGAAACCGACAUUCGCGUCAACACGCCCGUCCCAGGGUUUAUCAGCCUGCCCAUCACGCUUGGCGUAACCGGGUUGAACGUUUCAGGUCGAGUCAUUGCCGCUCACAACAUGCGAGAAAAGACCGUCUGCGUGACCGUUCUGCCGUUGAAUUCAAGUACAAGUCCUCUGGCCGAUCUGCGUUUGAAAACAACACUAGGAGAUCCUGACAAGAAGCUUCUGAAACAUAUCGAACAGCUCGAAUCCUUCAUUGUUCGGCAGCUGCGGCAAGUAAUACACGAAAAGGUUGUCUAUCCGCGAUUUAUCAAAGUCCUACUAGACAAGUCAGCCGGGAAGAAUAGCGACGCGAGCGACUCAACCAAGGGCCCAACCGCUCAGUGAAAGUUUCCGCACGCCUUCGCUCGUCUCUCUGCGCUGAUUUCAUCUGUAUCAUCCAUGUAUAACUUGUAUUAUAAACGAUUAUUGGGAAG